GCACUAUUCAAGCCCUUUCCGAGCUGGAGUGCGGCUGGCGGCCGGAAUCCGGCACCUGGGGGAAAGGAGCCCUAAGGAUGGUUUACAGUCUCCGGAUCCCUGUGGGGUCAGGUUUCCCACCCGGAAUGCCUUUUACUGCUACCCCCGCAGGGAGUCACUUCCGGAUAUUCACACCCAGCCGGAAGAGGAACAGCCCCGACCGGAAGCCGCGGAGCCCUUUGGGGGCGGUGAAUACUGGGCACCGCGUCACUUCCCCUUUCUCUUCCGGACGGGGCUGGAGCGGAGUGGAGCGAGCACCAUGUCGCUCGUGAUCCCCGAGAAGUUCCAGCACAUUCUCCGCGUGCUCAACACCAACAUCGACGGGCGGCGCAAGAUCGCCUUCGCCAUCACCGCCAUCAAGGGCGUGGGCCGGCGUUAUGCCCAUGUGGUGCUGAGGAAAGCAGACAUUGACCUGACCAAGAGGGCCGGGGAGCUGACAGAGGAUGAGGUGGAGCGCGUCAUCACUAUCAUGCAGAACCCCCGGCAGUACAAGAUCCCCGACUGGUUCCUCAACAGGCAGAAGGACAUCAAGGAUGGCAAAUACAGCCAGGUGCUGGCCAACGGGCUUGACAACAAGCUGCGUGAGGACCUGGAGCGGCUGAAAAAGAUCCGGGCACAUCGUGGGCUGCGUCACUUCUGGGGGCUACGUGUGCGAGGCCAGCACACAAAGACGACAGGCCGCCGCGGCCGCACUGUGGGUGUCUCAAAGAAGAAGUAACCUGUUCCCUGUGUCUGUAAUAAAGUGCUGUUCUCAGA